AUGACGUGGAAAGCAACGGUUUUUGUCAUCCUUGUAGCCACAGCCUGCCUAGCGGGCCUAGCAUGUGCUGGGUCGAAGGAGGAGCCAAAGAUUCAUGGACCUGUCAUUGGUGUCGAUCUUGGAACAACUUACUCCUGCGUGGGCAUCUACAAGAAUGGACGGGUGGAAAUCCUUCCGAAUGACCAGGGCAAUCGCAUCACACCUUCGUAUGUGGCUUUCGCCGAGGACGACCGCCUCAUUGGAGAAGCUGCAAAGAACCAAGCCAGUGUGAACCCCACACAGACCUUGUUUGACGUGAAGCGCUUGAUGGGGAGAAGAUUCAGGGAUUCCACUGUUCAGAAGGACAUGAAGCUGCUGCCAUUCAAAAUUGUGGAGAAGGGCGGCAAGCCGAUGAUCAGCGUCAAAGUCCAUGGCCUAGAGAAGUUGAUGCCUCCAGAAGAGAUUUCCUCCAUGGUUCUCACCAAGAUGAAAGAAACGGCUGAAAACUACCUGGGACAAAAGGUUGCGCAUGCAGUGGUGACCGUACCAGCCUACUUCAAUGACGCCCAGCGUCAGGCAACCAAAGACGCAGGCGCCAUUGCAGGUUUGCACGUUGCUCGCAUCGUCAAUGAGCCAACUGCAGCAGCCAUAGCAUAUGGCUUGGACAAGCUGGGCAAUGACGAGAAGAACAUCCUGGUUUAUGACCUCGGCGGUGGUACCUUUGAUGUCUCUCUGUUGAACAUUGCCCAGGGUGUCUUUGAGGUAGUUGCCACAAGCGGCGACACCCACCUGGGUGGAGAGGACUUCGACCAGCGGGUGAUGCAGCAUUUCAUGAAGAUCUUCCAGAAAAAGCACGGCAAGGACAUGUCUGAGGACAAGCGCGCCGUGCAGAAGUUGCGACGCGAAGUCGAGAAGACCAAGCGUCAACUUAGUUCCACUCACCAGGCUCGGCUGGAGAUUGAGGCCUUGUUUGAUGGCGUGGACUUCUCUGAGACCUUGACCCGGGCGCGCUUCGAGGAGAUCAAUGCCGACCUGUUCAAGAGCACUCUAGGUCCCGUGAAGCAGGUGCUUGAGGACGCCCAGCUGAAGAAGAGCCAGGUGGAUGAAAUCGUGCUGGUGGGAGGCUCCACACGCAUCCCCAAGGUGCAGCAACUCAUCAAGGACUUCUUCGGCAAGGAGCCCAAUCGCGGCAUAAAUCCCGAUGAGGCAGUGGCGUAUGGUGCGGCUGUGCAGGCCGGGAUCCUCAGUGGCGAAAGAUUGGAUGAUGUGGUGCUGGUGGACGUGGCUCCUCUUACCCUGGGAAUCGAGACUGUGGGCGGCGUCAUGACAAAGCUGAUCCCCCGCAACACCAGGAUCCCAACUGAAAGAAGCCAAAUCUUUUCCACCACCCAAGACAACCAGCCAGCAGUGGCCAUUCAGGUCCAUGAGGGCGAGCGUGCCAUGACCAAGGAUAAUCAUCGGCUUGGCAACUUCGAUCUUCGAGUUCCUCCAGCACCCCGUGGCCAGCCCCAGAUCGAGGUGACCUUCGCGAUUGACAGCAACGGCAUCUUGAACGUAGCGGCCCAGGAUAAGGGAACAGGCCGUACUGAGAAGAUCACCAUCAGCAGCGACGGCCGCUUGACCGAGCAGGAGAUCUGGAGGAUGGUACGUGAAGCUGAGGUGUUCGGGGAUGAGGACAAGAAGAUGAAGGAGCGCGCCGAUGCCAGGAUUGCACUGGACAGCUACAUCCACUCCAUGCGCUCUGCCAUUGAGGACAGCAACGGCAUCAGCGAAAGGGUGGACUCCGAAGAACGGCAGCAAAUCCAAGACGCUUUAAAAGAUGGCCAGGCAUGGUUGGACUCCCAUCCAGAAGCAGACACGGAGGAGAUCAAGAUGAAGCAAAGUGAAGUUGAAGAAGUGUGUGCUCCCAUCGUCUCCAAAUAUUACGGCGGUGCUGGGGAGCAAAGAGAACCUGAUGGAGAAGAAGCUACCGAUGAGCUCUAA